UUGUUAUUUCAAACGGUAGUGUUUUGGUUGGGCUUUCACCAGUACGUGCGGAAUGCGGUGUUUGUGCUGUUGUUAGGCUGUUGAUAUGUAGUUGUGUUGCUAGAUUUUUACUUUACUUUAGUGAUCUUUGAAAGAACAUAUUUUUGUUGGAUUUAAAUAAAAAAUAUUCAUCGUUUUCGAGCAGUAAACGGCGUGAUGAUGAGAAAAUAUCAGCAAGUAUUUGAUAUUAUUACGAAGCGGAGGUGAUAAACACUGCCUAGCGUACUCGCCAUGGAGUCCUGUUUUUCAACCCCAGGCUGAACUUGCCAAAUGCGUGGCUCUGAGCAGUCACUUGCUUUGCUUGAAAACCCAUCGUAGUUUGUUCAUCAGCUUUUAUCGUAAAAAUUGGCAUUUCAUCGUCUGUCUGUUCCCCUUCAUUUUGAAAGACAAUCCUCAACCUCGGCACUGGACUUCAACAGCAGCCAGUCAUCAAAAAAUUAACUUUUGCAUAGAAAUGCCUAUAGAAAUUCAGAAUUAUAGAGAGAGUUUAAUUGCCAAGCAGCUUUCACAUUUUCGAGAAAAAAAAGUUUCGUAUACCAAGAAAAAAACCAACAAAAGCAAAAUGGAUUCAAUUGUGGGAUCACCAGUGUUCAAGUCGUUCCUAGCUGGGUCUUUCAGUGGUACCUGCUCUACCAUAUUAUUCCAACCAUUGGAUCUGGUGAAGACGCGUCUCCAGUCAUCUGUAAUUAUGGACGGGGCAAGCGGUAGUAUGCUGAGGACAUUCAAUAAUGUUGUUCGCAACGAACACAUUCUUGGAUUGUGGAAAGGAAUGGUGCCUUCCAUUUCAAGAACAGUACCUGGUGUUGGCAUGUACUUUUGUUGUCUUCAAAUGUUGAAAAACACAUUUGAUUGUCACAAUCCCGGUCCUCUCCAGGCAAUAGGUCUUGGUGUUGUCGGGCGGUGUUUUGCAGGCGCAACACUAAUUCCAAUCACCGUUGUAAAAACACGCUUUGAGAGUAAAGUGUACAACUAUCAGAGCCUUGUUGGGGCCCUCAAGAAGAUUUACACAACUGAAGGUGGAAAGGGUCUUACAAGUGGACUGUCGGCUACUCUACUGAGAGAUGCGCCGUUCUCGGGCCUCUACUUGAUGUUCUACACUCAGACGAAGAAGAAAAUGCCAAUAGAUGUAGACAGACGUUACACACCAACACUCAACUUCGCCAGUGGAAUCAUCGCUGGAGUAUUGGCAUCAACAGUUACUCAACCAGCAGAUGUAGUGAAGACACGAAUGCAGCUCUACCCAGAAAAAUACAAGACCAUUUCGGUAACCAUUCGUAAGAUCAUGGCAGAGGAAGGCGCUAAGGCCAUGUAUACGGGACUUGUACCGCGUUGCUUAAGGAGGACCCUAAUGGCCGCUAUGGCAUGGACCGUCUACGAACAGGUGAUGUCUACCUUUGGACAAAAAUGAGGUGGUUGCUGGCAGCACCAGAGAUUAAAUAAUCAGUAUAAUUAUGAGAUUGUUGAUAUGUUGAUCAUUGUGUGUGGAAAAGCUUUAGAAGGGUUAAUAAUAGGCAGAAAUUGAUUAAUCCAUCAUUAGCUGCUAUGUACUGACCGUGACAUGAAUGGACAUUUCAGUGAUGCUUAUUGUAGAUAGAAUAAGAUGAUACUGUCAAUUUUAUUAUUCACUUAAAAUAACAAAUAUAUAUUCAUGUCAUAACUUGGACAUGAUUAAUGAACUAAGGUGCAGAUUUAUUGCCUUUCAUUUACUAUUAACCUAUGCAGCACUAUAAUUUUUAUUUACUAUAUAUAAUUAUAUUUACAUAUAAUAACAGAUCAAUAUGUAUAAUAUGUAAUAAAAUAUUAUUCUUUACAACAGUGUCUUCAGUAUUCAUAACUGCUGUAUAUUCAAGUAUUUUUUUGUUUUAACCAGAUUGAAAAAAAAAAAUUUGGUUAAAAAAAAAACAAUACAGUAUCAAGAAAAAAGAUUAAGGAAGUAUGGCCACAAGUAGAUUUUAAGAAAAUCAUAAGAAGCAGUUCAUUAUCAAUCUUCAAGGGUGACAAUGGUCUUUAUUUUUAGUCGGUAUUAAGAAUUGUGCAUAUUUUUCUAGUUAAAAAUACACACACACACCUUAAAUAAGAUUUCUGUAGGUAUGGCGUUGAUAGUUAUGUUGUAUUUUUCAAUGAGUAAAGAACUUGUGAAAACUUAAGCAUUAGGAUAAUUUUAAGGGUUUGUGUCAGUACUUUAUUGUCCUUUUAUACACUAGAAGCAGAUUUUUGCAAAUAUGAAUUUAUUGUAAUUAAAAACCUGUACUUUAUUUAUUUAUUUUUCUUAAGGAUUCGGUACUUUCUGAAGUACUGUAAUUGUUUAUAGUGUAAUAUAAUAGUUGGGCAUAUUUUACUUUUUUAAAUUGUGUGUUUAUUUUAUGUUAUUGAAUAUAUUUGUCAAGUACAGUAACUAAGUAUUGGAAUUUAAGGGUAGGUCUUCUUUAGAGAAUAUGUACUGAAUAUGUUUUGAUGCUAAUAUGUUAAUGUAAAUAAAUGUACAAUAUUUAUGUACUAUGAAUAUGAAGAAGUUGACCCAGGCUCAGUAGCUGUUAAAGACACCUUUAUAUAUUGGUUGAUACACCUGUACUUUUUGAAUACUUGUGAUGGACCAGAUCAAUGAAUUUCAUAAUCUUGAUGUUAAGAAUUUUUGUGGGUUUGACUUGUGAUUAGCGCAAGUUACGCGGUCCAACUUACGAAUCUAAUUUAGGAAUCUAAUUUAUGUUCAGUAGUUAAGUGUUUUCCAAUAAAAUUACAUUCUCUUGCCUUAAAA